UAUCAGCAUCGGUUUAGUGUAGUGACAAAUUAGCCUAAGUAAACCCUCGGCAUGCUGAAGUUAAUUUCAUCUUUGGUGAUCUUUUUGGCGAUUGCCAAUCAUCAUGCGUUUGCCCGAAAACCCAACGUCAUUGGUUACGUCGGAACUUGGGCCCACUAUCGCAGUGAUAAAGGAAAGUUCACUGUUGACGAUAUCGAUCCGAAUCUAUUUACGCACUUGAUUUAUUCUUUCGUCGGCAUCAACAAAGAUGGAACAAUUAAAUCAUUAGACAGUUGGCUCGAUAUCGAUUUGCAAAAUUUCCGAAAAUUCAACAACCUCAAACAGAAAAAUCCAGAACUGAAGACGCUGGUUGCAAUUGGUGGAUGGAACCAGGGCUCCGAAAAUUUUUCGGCCGUUGCAAGUUCCGCAGCUUCAAGGAAAGAGUUCGCUAAAAAAGCGAAAGAAUUCUGCAAUAAUCACAAUUUUGACGGAAUUGAUAUGGAUUGGGAAUAUCCGGGACAACGUGGUGGAAAAACUGAAGAUAAGAAAAACUUUGUGUUGAUGCUGGAGGAGUUAAACAAUGAGCUCAAGCAAGAUGAUUUAUUGUUAACUGCAGCUGUUGCAGCGGGCGAAGCUUCCGCCGCGAUAUCUUACAACAUAACGGAAAUGUCCAAACACGUUGAUUAUAUCAAUUUAAUGGAAUAUGAUUUUCACGGUUCGUGGGAGAAAACUGCGGAGCAUCAUGCUGCCUUGCAUAGCAAGUCACCACACGACAAGUUGAACGUUGAAAGUAGCGUUAAAUAUUGGUUGAAUGCAGGAGCUCCUGCUGCAAAACUGAAUCUGGGAUUGGGUUUGUAUGGUAGAACUUUUAAGCUGAGUAAUACUAAUCAAAAAAGCCUCGGAGCCUCUGCUACUGGCCCUGGAACCAAGGGUAAGUACACGAUGGAAGAUGGAUUUCUGGGAUAUAACGAGAUUUGCGAAAAGUUGAAGAAUAAAGAAAUGACUGAAAUGUGGGACGCCACCGCAAAGGUACCAUAUGCAACCGGCGGAAACGAUUGGGUCGGAUACGAUAAUGCAGACAGUAUUACCGCGAAGGGUCAAUUCAUCAAGGAUAAUAAGUUAGCAGGUGGAAUGUUCUGGUCCAUUGAGACGGAUGAUUUCCGUGGAACCUGCGGUAAAAAGUAUCCACUGGUUACGGCCCUGAAGAACUGCCUUGGAGGGAACUCCGCCGGAGAAACAACCAAGCCUACAACGAGGAAGCCAGAUGUAACGAUUGCCCCUUCAACCGCAGGUACCGCAAAACCAACCGCAGUCACCGUGAAGACAACCGGUUCUCCCGGAAGCAUUGACUGUGUAUCGGAUGGACUUUAUAGACAUAACUCUGACUGUUCGAAAUUCUACCAGUGCUCUAGUGGAAGAAAAUUUGAACUAACUUGUCCUCCUGGAUUGCACUUCAACGCUAAAAUAAGCGUGUGCGAUUUCAAAGAGAAAAUUGUGUGUUGAAGAGCGAAAUGUUGUGGUUGUGGUUGACGGUCGCAUCCAACUUUCAUGGGAUGUAAAAGACAAUGCGAAAUAAAAUGUGAGCAACUCGAA